CCUCCUGCUUCUAGCUUAGUGGUCCACCUCCCCUUUAUCCCUUUUCACAUCAUUGGACAAUUUUAGCCCCUCAGCUUUGAGUCUGUCGAUUGCAGAGCUUCUGGCUGGCUGCCACAGAGGGCUGCCAAAGCUGAGGAGAGCAGAGAGAAGAAAAGGGACUGGGGUUGGUCUGUGGGGUGGAAGGACCCGGACGUUGACCUGACGCUGAAAGGAGAAGCAGAGAGAGACGGAGGGAAAGAGGGAACGUAAGGGAGGGGAGAUGAGGAGAACUUUUGGAAACACAGGAAGACGCAGCAUGGCAAACAAACCUCCUUAUUUGACUUGAACAUUUUUUGUGUUUUUUUUCUGUUUAGAAAAGGAUUUUAUUACUGCCAAGAAGAGAUUCAAAGGAUACUUCCCUCUUUAAUUACUUUUUUAACUAUUAAUCCUUUAAAAUAUUUCAGAUCUUCGGAGAUUAUUUGCAUAUUGACUCUUUUGUUGUCCAUAAAACCUCCAAACUUGCACCGGCUCUGUGGGACUGAAACAGCCCAGACUCACAUGUGAAUGCACACACCUGUUGUUGCUGAGGACUCCCCGGGUGUGCAGUCAUGGGCCGCUGUGUCAUAGUUGCUUGAGGAAUUCUGCAUAACUGCGCAGCUUUAUUUGGAGGCGAACUCUGCAAACGCUUGCAGGAGAAGUUGACCUGACUAUUUGGGGGGGAGAAAAGGGAGAUGUCAUCCUACUAUCAGCGCAGCAGGGACCUGACUCGCACCAGGAAGUCAGUGACAGACUCCCCACCAUCAUCUCCAUCUUAUACUGACAAAAAUUACAGACAUGACAGACUCUCAAGAUACAACUCGAGUGGGGAGGGCGCGGCGGAGAAGGCGCUCGGCCGCACAGGCUCCUACACCAGGAGGGAGACGAGGCUGGCCUCUCUAAACAGACAUGAGCAGGACUCCACUGCCAAAGACUAUAAAAAGAUGUAUGCAGAUGCUUUGGAAGAGAAUGAGAGGCUGAAGUCCAAGUUGCAGGACAGCAAACAAGAGUUGGUCAAGAUUCGAUCUCAGCUGGAGAGACUUACACAGAGACACGACAGGAUAUCAGAGAGAUCUCCUCUUCUUGAAUCGGAGAAAAGGGAAAAGCAAGCUCUCGAGAAGCGAGUGUCAGACAUGGAGGAGGAAAUAAAGAUUUUAACAGAACUCAAGUCAGACAAUCAGCGGCUGAAGGAUGAGAACGGGGCUCUCAUUCGGGUCAUCAGCAAACUCUCCAAAUGAGAAGAAAUCUGAAGACCUUGAAGUGACUCUUUAGUUCUAUACAAUGUCCUACGUUUCGGAAAAAGCCCGGCAUGGCUGCUGAAAAUUAUCCUAAAGAUUCCUGUCAAAGAUCCAAAUAGGAGCUAACGUUUGGAUUUAACACAUCAUCAUGGAGUCACUACUGUACCAUACAGUCAUGGGCUUUAACCCUUGUGCUAUCCUAGGCACUUUAACAUUGGGAGUUGGGUCAUCUAGACCCACUAGACAGAGCACUGAACCUUUUUUCUUCAAUGAUUUGUGAUCUUCACUGGUGUCCAUGGAUUACAUGAAAUCUUUCCACCUUUAUCCACCUUUGUCAUGGUAGGGAGAACAUGUCAAUGUAAGGGUGGGGUCAUAGGAUAGUUCAAGGGUUAAGUAUGGACCAGAUGUGUGGUUGAAAUUAACUUUAUGCUCUGUUUUAGACUAAAGUAGGAAUUCACAUGAAGGAGUGGAGCCCUCCAAAUAUGUCAAUCACAUCAAUAUUUCACAUUUAUUAGUUUUUGGAGGAAAACAUUUAAGUAUUUCAAAAGUAGCUUAUUCAUUUUUAAUGAAAUAUUAAAAAAAACACCUCUUGCCUUUCACAUACAUUUUUAAAGAAAUUGUUCUGACACAUUUCACAAAUAAAAAAGAGAUAGAUAUUUGUUUUUAAGGCCAGCUUCCUCGAGGGGGACCUCACUGCAAACAAGAUGGCGCCCAGACAUCAUUAGCCAGUAGUGGAAAUUUCACAAGUUUUCAGAAUUUUGGCACCUUUUGUUAAAAGUUUUUUCUGUGAAUAAACUGUUAAAGAUAAAAGUUAUAUAUUGGUGAUCCAUUAGCCAUACAUUGACAUAAGAGAUAUGGUUAUGAAAAGCCAUAGAUUUGUGUAUGCAUCUCGCAAAAAUCACGCAUAAUUGCAUAGGAUUUUCAUAUAUUUGUGUAUAAACUACAUAAAUAUGUGUACACUGUACAAUUCUCAACUGACCAAAAAUGUUUACUCAAGGCCAAAUUCACGUAAAGAUCCGCCGAAACCCCCGACAGGCAUUGGCGAACAUAAACGAAUGAAGAACGGAAGAAACACUUAAGAAUUGUGUCACGAAAGACCGAAACUUCUUACAUAGAAAAAAUGCGCUACCUGUACGCAGUGACUGUGUGACAUGGCCUUAGAAUGGGGCAAAAAAAAACGGUAAUCGUUUUGUUCCUUUAAAAAAGGAUAUUUACAAAAGUGAGUUGUAAAAUUGGUAAGCAAUACUUUAUAUUAGUAAUGUGUUGCAUAUCAGUGAAAAGCUGCUUUUCUCUGGAACUCAGCCAAUUCCCAUAGAUCGUGUGAGGAGUUACGGAAU